AUGCAAAAAUCACCCUCCUCUACCAAAACAUCCCCUCUCCAAUCAUCUCCAACCCCCAAACUUCCCCCUCCAAUCGCUCAAAAGAUCUCAGAACAGCUCAACUCCCUCAUUUCCCAGACCCACCACUCCAAAACCCUUCUCGCCCUCUACAACACCCCUGCCACCCACUCCCACUCAACUCGGCUGCACCAAAUCCACCAAUCCCUGCUGCAGACAGCCGCCCAACUCUCCAGUCCUUCCUGGGCCUCCCUCGCCGACCAAUUCCCUCCCAUUCUUGAUGCCACCGCCCAGCUGCAGGCUGAAGUCGGAGAGACCAUCAAGGAGUUCGCCCACUUGUUCUGCUAUGGAGCCACCAAGAAGAAGAAAGUCAAGAAGAAGAGGUGUAUCAAAACAGGCAAAAAAUUCGUCCCUAAAGACGUUCCCUUAGCUGUAAUCUGAAGUAGAGAGCUGAAAGCUCGAGAGAAUUACAAAAAGAUCUUUACUAAAGUAGAGAACCAAGUUUAUAAGAAAACUAUUGAAUUUGAUAGCCAAGUCUGGUCUGCCUUGCAUGAAAAUAUGAACAGUUAUAACUUCAGAACAGAAGGAAAUGACUUUAGGCCUGAUGAUAAGCUCGUUAUCGAUUGUAGAGACCCUUCAAAUCCUAAACUUGUCAAAAAGCUUCAGAAAAUCCCUCUUGCUAGACUAGAUGAAGUGAGGCUAAUACAUAUUUCACAACACCACCCAAAACUGGCAAAAUCAAUUCUAAAUGGCUUAAUUCCUACAAAAAUUAACCACUUAGAAUUAAGAGCCGACCGACUUAUUAGCAUUAUGCCUUUCAUGGAUGGGUUCACUUGAGCUAACCUUAAAGUGCAAACAAGGGUCACACUUCAAGAUUUUAACUUUAGAGACCCUCCAAGAUUCUCUAAUCGACGCCAGGAACUAAAGACUGACGAGUAUUGCUUAGUCAACUUCUUUAAGGCAUACAAACAUGUGAAGGAUAUCAAGUUAUUUAAGUGAACACUAGAUUGCAAAGAUUAUUCAGGUUUCUCUAAAGCACUGUGAAAGACCUCUAUUCAAACAUUAUCUAUGGAAGAGUGACUAACGACAAUGAGAAGUUACUGGAGUAGGAGACAGACCGGAAGAUUCGAGGAAUUCAUUGAAGCCAUUUCUAACUCAGACUUAAAACAAACUCUAAGGCUUUGCUUAUUUAUGGAUUGGAAGGAGUGGCCUAGAGAAUAUAUGAUUUAUGAUUUAAAGCGCUUAGGAUUUGGCGAUGGGAUGGUAUAUCAUUUCUUUUAAA